CGCACAUCAAACGACGCCGAAUCUCCCCUCCUCCCGCGCUUCUCACGAACACGAAAGCGCAUCGCGUCUUCCAUUUCUCCCUCUUCCCAUUGCGACGGCCUGCACCUCAUCAUGGUAGGCGACACGACCACGACCACGACCGCGACGACGACGAUUCCGCAACCCGCCCCCUACCAGCACCACGUAUAUAAGGGCUCUGCUCACUACACACCAAUGGCCUCCGCCGCGAACACGCCCGUGAACCUCUCUCCCACCUCGCCGCGCUCCACCUCCCACCUCGCCAUGUAUGGCCAACAUCCACCCCAGAUCCGUCGACCCAAGAACCCCAUAUACGUGCCGGCAGCACUGAGGAAGACCGAGGUACCUGCACGUCAGUCUCCUCCCAAAGGCGAUGCCGGUUUGGACACUGCGGCCGGAACCUGGCGACCGGGGCUGAAUGGCGGGCCGUUUGCGGGCGACGGAGCUUCAACCAUCUCUCUCAUCACCACCGAGGAUUUGAACAGCAUCUACGGUGAUGCCCCCAUGUCGCCGGUCAGCGGCCCAAUUACCAGAAAUCACUGGCAGCCCGACGGUUCGACAAACGUCUGCACGGCUUCGGCCUGCCAGGCUCCCUUCAGCUUUUUCAACCGACGCCACCACUGUCGUAAGUGCGGCGGCAUCUUCUGCGCUCAGCAUUCGCAGCGCCAAGUGAGGCUCAACGAGCACGCCCUGUUCCAUCCCGAGGGAGAGCUGCAGCGAGCCUGCGACCGCUGCUACACCCAGUACCGCCAAUGGGAGCAGAUGCGCAACAGCCGUCAGAACAGCGAGAGUUCCGGUAGCACCGCGGCCGUUCAGAUCGGCACUCCCAUCGCCGCGAACCCACCGGAGAACAAUCGUGUCGGAAGCAUUGCGAACAGCUUCUCGGGCGCCUGGCACUGGAGCACAUUCUGAGAUGCCCAGUCGGCGCUUCGAUCCCGAUCUCAAUCUCCUCAGCUUUAUGAUAUCCCGGGACGGCCACCGCUUCCUCUCCAGGUGUGCUGCUCCCCUGUCGAC